AUGAGCACUCAGCGCCAAGAUGCUACGGAGCUUCAGCAAUUAUGCGUUGAUCGCGGAAUUGAAUCAUUCGAAUCCGAGCAUAUUCUGCAACCACAGGUUUUGCUGAGCUUCGCAGACGAGGACCGUCCGACGAUCUGCGAUCACACUGCUCCAGCGUUCCAGCAACCACUUGGUUUUGACAGCGGCCUCCUGGGACUUGACUGUACUGCAAGUCAGCAUUUUGGUCUUGAUGACAUUGAAAACUCUGCUCUGGCCAGCCGAUUAAAUUCGCAAACCACAAUGAAAGCACGGCAGAGUUCCAAAGUUGAUCGUCGUACUCGAGCGAAAGAUUCCGCCAGAAUGUCGUUUUCUAUUCUUCGAGGUUAUUUCUGUUCUCUACCAGUUGAAGAGCGACUGCAGUUCUUAUCCUGGCUGUUUCAGGGUGCUUUGUCCCAAUGCCUCCAUCGUUCAACCAACUCACAUGACGCAUCGUCGUUAGGGUUUGUCGCAGGCGAUGCAGAUUUUUCGACUCCCUCUGUGCAAUCAUCACCGGAUGCCAACGCGGUCGACGCAGAGCCUUCUCGCACUUCGAGAAAAGGACUUCCUUUUUCUGCGGAAGAGGAUCGCCUUCUGGUAAAGCUUAGGAAGGAGGAAAAUCUGGCCUGGUCGGAAGUGGUCACGCGAUUUAGCCAGAGAUUCCCUGGGAGAAGUAAAGGCUCCAUACAAGUGCACUGGAGCACGAGGCUUAAAAACCCAACCGCCGUCUUGAACUAG